AUGGCCGGUGCAGGUCUGAGCGUAGACAGUGGCAUCCCAGACUUUGUGGACAUCCACAAAGCACUGCCAGAGAUAGCCCAUCUGGACAUGAACGUCUUCGAAAUAUCGAACGACAACAUCUUCCUGAAAGAUCCAACAUUUGCUUGGGGAGUGUACGGCAAACGCAUGGACGACUAUCGAAAAGCGUCCCCUCAUGAGGGCUACUACAUUCUUUUGAGGUGGUGUUUGUCAAAAACAGGAUGGUGGGUGUAUACAAGUAACAUCGAUCAACAUUUUGUGAGGGCUGGGUUCCCGAAGGACCGUGUAGUAGAGUGCCAUCGAUCUCUGUAUGAGUUUCAGUGUGCCAAGCCAUGCUGUGGUGAUGUGUGGGACGGUAGAGACGUCACAGUGGACUAUGAUGAAGCCACUCUUGCCGUCAACGGGGACAUACCGACUUGUCGGCACUGCGGAGACGCGGCGCGUCCUUGCACCGUCUUGGCUGUCGACGGCCGCUGGCUCGGAGCGUACACCCGACAGCAGGAGGAGCGGAUGGAUAAGCAGCUAGCUGACAUACCAUCUCAUAAGUCCAUUGUUAUUCUUGAAAUCGGAUGUGGUGUCCAGAUGAGGAAGAUCUAG